CAAACUCACACUCGUACUUGUCUGUGAACGAGAGGAACGUGUGAAGUGAAUUUUCGAUAGAGGUUACCAUUUGUUUACGGCUAUUAUUUGUUUGGCGUUGGAGAAUCUUAUUUUAUUUGAUAUAAGCGAUGGAGGAAGCAAGCGUUCCAAAUAAAUCCAAAGCAUGUAAAUUGCCACAGAAACGAUUUUACCGACAACGUGCACAUUCCAAUCCAAUAGCCGAUCACACAUUCGACUACCCUGCACAUCCAGAUGAAUUUGAUUGGUCGCAAUUGUAUCCAAACAUUGGAAAUAAUCAAGUUGAAUUUGCCGACGUUGGAUGUGGUUAUGGAGGAUUUCUUGUCACGCUGAGCGAGUUGUUCCCGGAUAAAUUUGCUAUUGGCUUUGAGAUUCGAGUUAAGGUGUCAGACUAUGUGAUGGAUAGGAUUGAUGCGUUACGAAAAUUGCAUCCAAAUCAAUAUCAAAAUAUCGCAUGCCUCCGAACCAAUGCAAUGAAAUAUUUGCCAAACUAUUUUAAGAAGGGACAAUUAUCCAAAAUGUGCUUUCUUUAUCCUGAUCCACAUUUUAAGAGAUCCAAACACAAAUGGCGCAUCAUAAAUACAGCUCUACUCACAGAGUAUGCGUAUUGUUUACGCGAAGGAGGAAUUCUUUACACAAUAACCGAUGUAAAAGAUUUACACGAAUGGAUGGUGCAUCAUCUAGAAAAGCACUCUCUCUUCGAACGAAUUGUCGGGGACGAAUUGGAUUCAGAUCCGGUUGUUGAAAAAUUGUACGAGACCAGUGAAGAGGGUCAAAAAGUAACACGAAACAAGGGGGAUAAGUUUGUAGCUGUUUUUCGACGCAUCAAAUCAUAACUUCUAAUACUAUUCAUUUAUUUUUCCGAAAAAAAAAACGGUUUAAAAUUUAUAUUUACAUUAUAACCGCGAACUAAAUAAAGUUCUCUCUUUUGUAUUCACACAAA